AUGAUUUUAAAAAGCAAUUAAAAUUAAAAUAGUAAAUAUGCUUUAUUAUAUAGAUUAGAAUAUGAAUUUUAGAAGUAUUGUGAAAUUACUGAUUACAACAAUCCUAUAUAUUGUUUAGGGUUGUCAAUUCACAAAUUAUGAAGAAAGCUUGUUAAGUAAAAAAUAUUAAAUAGAAACGACAAUAAUUGAUUUUAAAGGUUUAACUAAGUCAUUUGCUUUUUGGAGUUUUUGUAUUCCAGCUUGGGAAGUUGAUUCAUAUCCACAAGUUGAGGAAUUCAUGUUUGAAGAUAUUAGAAAUUAAUAACUUCUAUUUUUAAUAAAUGCAGAGCAAAAUGAACAAUCUUUGAUAAUAUUUAUGUAUGUUGAUUUUAUUAGUGGUUAAAAUGAAGUAAUUCAUAGUCUUCAUAUAAAUACUAAAUUAUAAGAAAAAGUUUAUGAAUACAAAUUUGAUUCUAAAAUUUAUGAAGGGAAGUGGUAUUUAAGCAUGAUAACUAUUGGAUCUCAAUUUAUAAAAUUCUAAACAUCAGAAUCAAACAAUUAUAUUGACAUUCAUGAUGAAAUACCUUUAUUCAAUAAAUUUUAAAUCAUAAUUGGUGGUACCGGAUUUGUAAAUUAAUUAUAAAUAAAUUUAGGUAAGUCACAAAUAUUAACUGGGAAUAUUUAGAGGAAGAUUAUCUAAGCUUAUAACCAUAGAGGAUGAAGCAAACUAAAAUUUACUUUGGGUUCUUUCUAAUUGCUAUAUUCCUAUAAAUAUGAUUGGAGGAUAAACAAUUCAUUUAAUAGAUGAUGUGUAAAUAUUUAAAGGAAAUACAUAAUUGAUAAGAGAAAUAGAUUAAGUAGGUAAGAGUUUUCGCUUUUUUUGUUGGGUUAAAUAUGAUUUUUCAGAGGCAAGUUUCACAACAACCUAUUUAUUACUUAGACUUACAAUAUUCAAGAAUUAUGGGGAUGAAUUGAGGAUAGGGGAUGAACUAGCUAAAAUCACAAUAGAUUUAGAUAAAUCAUAACCUUAAAAUUGUGGUUAUGAUGUAAUUUCUCAUAUGUAUUCUACCCCUAAAUUUGGUCCUAUAAAUGAAUAAUUUUAGUAAAAACUUAAUUUUCGAGAUAAUGGAGAAUAUUUUUAUCAAUAAUUAUAAUAGUGGCAUAUCGUAUCAUUCUUUUAUAGAUAAACUAAUGGUCCAUCUGUGACUUUUAAUUUUAUAUCUUCAAAUAAGAUUAUUUAUGAAAAAUUUCCUGAAGAAUAUGCUUAAGGAUUAUUUACUAACACUAAAUAUUAUGCUAUUUUUGGAGGUGAUAGAACAAUAUAAUAAAAAUUGAGAGGUCAAAUUGCUUAUGCAAAAUUUGAGUAUAAUUUUUAAGAAAAUACAGAAUUGAAUAUUGGUAUUAUAAUUAUAUCAUAAUGUAGUUUGUCAUUAAACAUGUAGUUAAUGUAAUGGCCCACUAUCAACAAAUUGUUUAGAAUGUGAUAGCUAAAAAAAUAGAAUAUUCUCAGAAGAUUUAAAGAUUUGUUCAUGCCAAAAUAAUUUUAUUGAAUAUUAAGGUGAGUGUAAAUCAUACUCUCAAAUUUAUUCGAAUAUCUAAAUCUUAAAUGUUUCCUAAGUUUAGAAUAACUUAAUUUGUGAGUAUGGGUAUUUCUACUUACCUACAAUCAAUGAAUGUAUUAAAUGGUAUGAUUUUUAAUUUUAUUAAUAUAUAGUCCAUAAGCAAAUAAAGUUACUAUUCUAUGUACUGAUUGUCUCAUUUAUCCAAAUACUUGGUAUUUAAAACCUGUGUGCACAAAAGACUUUAUAGUUGAUAAUGAUUCUGAAAAGUCAGCUUAUAGAUUAGAAUAGAGAUCUACUUUUAAUUAUGAUGUCUAUUUUAUUGAUUAAGAUGCUAAUUUAGUAUUAAUUAAUGGGGCUGAAAAUUAUUGUAAUGGUGAAAAUGAUCUUCCUAAUUGCUUUAAUAUAGAAAAACAAACUCAUUUAUUUUAAACUUUUUACAUUAUGUGUAAAUAGGAUUAUUAUUUUGAAAAUAAUAAAUGUUUGAAGUCUGUCGACCAUUGUAUUCAAUCAGAUUAUAGGUUUUAAAUUUGUUUAUAAUGUGAAGAAGGAUAUUAUUUAUAUAAUAAUAUUUGUAUUAUCUGCCAAAAUCUUUGCACUAAAUGUCAUUUAAUAAAUUAUUAUUAUAAGUGUCUUUAAUGUCCAAAUGGAUAUGAAAUUAAUGAUAACCAAGGUUGUACAAAAUGUGGUGAUAAUUGUGAUAUUUGCAAAUUUUAGUAAAUGUAGUAUUCUAAUUAAAAAAUUUUAAGAUGUUUAAAAUGUGUACAUGAUCAAAAAUAUUAUAUUUCAUUAGAUGGUUAAAAUUGCUUUGAAAAUAAAAUACAAAAUUGUCUUUAUGCUUUUGAAGUAUCAAGAAAUGAUUAUAAAUUUAACUCUUUAGAAUACGAACUCAAUACAUUUUUCAUUGGUACUGUUUCCAUAUGCAGAUAAUGCUAAGAAAAAUAUACCUAUAAUAUAAAUACGAAUCAAUGUGAAUCAUAACAAUCUGAUGAAUGUUACUAUAGUUAUAGUUACAUAACACCACCACAAACUUUAAAAGAGGUUUGUUUAUUUGGACCUAAAAUAAAUACAAUCAUAGAUCCUAUAUCAUUUAUUACUGAAAGCCAUUGUCUUAAUUAUAAUUGUCACAUUUGUAUGAUUAGAUAAAUCAACAUAAAAGUUUCUUAUAUUUGUCUUGAAUGCAAUAAUGGUUAUUAUGCAGAAAAAUUGUCUGGAUAUUGUGUACCUUGUCCUUAAGAACUAAGAUGUUAAGUUUGUUAUUAAUAAAAUAAAAUAUCCAAAGAUAAUUGGAAGAAUUAAGUUCGUGCUUUUUAUAGGUCUAUCAUAGAUGAUGACUUACAAUCACAUUCAUUUAUUGAAUAUGGUCUUAGUUAAGAUAUUGGAGAUUAUGAGAUUGUAUGCCAAUUUUGUAUAGAUGGAUAUCAACUUCAUAAAGGAAAAUGCAUUCCAGUGUGUCCUAGUUGUUGUUUAAAAUGUAAAAUAAUAAAUGAUGAGAAUAUCUGUAUCUAAUGCCCAUAAAUUCAAGGCAAAAGAAGUUUAAGUGUAUAAAAUAAUGAAUGUAUAUAAUGUCCUGCAUUUUGUGUAAUUUGUCGUAUUAGAGAAUAAGAGGAAAUAAAAUUAAUUAAUCCAGUUUUUAAUAAUUAAGACUUUUAUUAUUAUUCAAAUUAAUGUUUAUAAAAAUAGGUAGGAUAUUAUGAUAAAGAUUUGAAAAUGUAUGUUGAUUGUCCUUAAGGUGCUUGCAUGAAAGAACUGUAGAUAAGUUUAAUUUUAUAUUGUUAAAAAGAAGAAUAUGAUAAAGAGAUUUAAUCUUUGAAGAAUGAAGAAGAUGUUAAAAACUUUAAACAAAGCAAUAUAUUAAUUGAUGAUUUAUUCUCAAAUUCUAGUUUUCCAUAAGUAUAUUUUUCAAUAAAUUUAAUAGUUCGAGUAACCAGAAUUUUAUCAGAUGGCCAACGAGUAGGUUAUCAAAUCUAUAAUUAUCAUAAUUCAUAGUUUAAAACCUUAAAAUUGCAUAAUCACAAAUAAUAAUAAAAGUAUUAAACAAAAAUUUAGUUAAAACAUCUUCUCAGCCAUGUAUUUAAUUUUAUAUAAGUUAGAAAUAUUUAAUUGGAACUAUAUGGAAAUGGGAAUACAAUAUUAUAAUAUGA